UUGAGCACGUAAUAUGACUCAAUUGUAGGUUAACCCCUUGCCUUACGAUUUAAGAUUUAACAGCGUGGUCCCAAAAUGUAAACAGAACUGUCGAGCCUUCGAGCCAUUCCCCGACUCGGCAAAUCUGUCUUAAGUUGUACCAAUCGCACACGAUUUACGUGGGGUGUCGUACCUAUUAGAAAAAUAAAUCACGAGCGUGACACGUGGUGUUUACAUCUGACGCGGCCGACGUACCACGGACCAGGGCCUGUGAUAGUCAUUUUUGGCCCGACCGAUGUACCACGGGCCAGGCUCGUGAUAAUCAGUUUUGGCUCGAAAACGCGAUCACGAGCAUCACACGAGGUUGUAGGCCAAAGGGUUAAAGUAGAGCUGAAGAGAGCAAACCUGUUAUUAUUAUGGCUAGCCCACCAAAAGAAAAAUCAUGCUCUCUUAUAGAAGAGUUAGCAAGGAAUGCUGUAUUAGUUCACAGUGCUUCUUUAACACCUGGUACAUCUACAGUAAAAGGUUAUGAUUUUAACAAUGGCCUCGAUUAUCAUGAAUUAUUCAAAACCAUGAGAUAUUCUGGUUUCCAAGCAACAAAUUUUGGAUUGGCAGUGGAAGAAAUAAAGAAAAUGCUGGACCAAAGAAAUAUACCUCUCGCGGAAGAUCAAAUUGACAAUAUGGAACAAGAUGAAUUUAUAAAGAGAAAAUACAGUUGUUCAAUAUUUCUAGGCUACACGUCGAAUAUGGUAUCCUGUGGCAUCAGGGAUACUAUAAGAUAUCUCGUGCAACAUAAACUUGUGGAUUGUAUUGUUACUACAGCAGGUGGAGUAGAGGAGGAUCUGAUAAAGUGUUUAGCACCUACAUAUCUUGGAUGCUUUAGUUAUGAUGGUAGGAUUCUCAGAGAAAAGGGAUUCAACAGAAUUGGAAAUUUGAUAGUACCAAAUGAUAAUUAUUGUCUGUUUGAAGACUGGGUGAUGCCAAGGUUAGAUACGAUGCUAGAUGAACAGGUGAAACAGGGUACUUUGUGGACGCCGUCUAAGAUAAUAACCAGACUCGGCGAAGAGAUCAAUAAUGAAGAAUCUAUUUAUUAUUGGGCUGCAAAAAAUAAGAUUCCAGUAUUUUGCCCAGCAUUGACCGAUGGUAGUCUCGGUGAUAUGAUGUUUUUUCAUUCUUUUAAGAAACCAGGAUUGGUAAUCGACAUACUUGCAGAUCUUAAGAAAUUAAAUACAAUAUCUCUAAAGGCUGUGACAAGCGGCAUGAUAAUUAUUGGAGGUGGUCUCAUAAAGCAUCAUAUCUGCAAUGCUAAUCUCAUGAGAAACGGUGCUGAUUUUGCCGUAUUCUUGAACACUUCCUCGGAUUUCGACGGCAGCGAUAGCGGUGCCCGGCCCGACGAAGCGAUUUCUUGGGGAAAAAUCCGAAAAGAUGCCAACCCUGUCAAGGUGUACGCUGAGGCUUCUCUAAUAUUUCCAUUGUUAGUAGGAGAAACAUUCGUUAGGUAUCACAUGUCCCGUAAAGAUAACAAUUAAGUAUCUAGAAUAUAAGAAAAUUAUAAAAAAAAAAUAAAAAAAAAGAAAUAACUAAAAGUGUAAGAAAAAAUUCCUCUUUAUUAUUCUUCUGAAUUAUUCUUCUAAAUUACAUAGAAUUAAAUGAAAGAUUAGUAUUAUUAUGAAAGAUUAAUAUUAUCAUGA